AUGUCUAGGACCCGGGAAUUUUGGUCGCAUAUCGUAAGUUCGUCGAGAAUUUUAAACUGCCAGGCGGAGUCGAUUCUUCGCAGAUGCUAUGCGAAGAGAGUCAAAGGUGAUGGCUGCAGUAGAGCUCAUGUAGACAUCCCUCCUCCUGUCGAUCCAAUAUGUCCACAACCUUGUGAAAGACGCAAGAAGAAAAAAGAAGGGAUCCUGCACAAGAUCAAAUUGAAGGUCAUUGAGGGUGGGACUAAUUUCGGAACACCAUUUCGUCGCCUUGAAUGCAAAGGGCGAGACGUUUGUCUCAAAGAAUCGGUGAAGGCGUUACCGGAACCGAAGAAAACAAUCCCUCCAAUGCCGGAGCCUCGGCCUGGAGUCCAGGUAUCAGUGCUUGGUGCCGACACUGCCAUUGGGCAGUACGUUGCUCUGCUUCUAAAACAGUGCUCCUGCAUUAAAAAGCGUUGUCAAAUGAAUUUAAAAUUUGCUGAAAAUCACUACGUGUCCUACCUGAGCGCCCGCCGCGUCCACCACUCUGGGCUUAAUGGGUCCCCAUCUCAUGUAUGUUUCCACAAGUUCAGCACAGUCUUGUGCCUCCACGGCGGCACAAGACUGUGCUCAGCGCACAGCAACAAUGCUCAAAAAAGGCCUGAUAGGGAUGUGUUGAUACCGGCGAAUGACUGUAGGGAUUCUGGGAGUUGGUCUAUUGACGGAACCCGGAAUUCAGACAUAGUAUUGAUGCUAGAAAGCGGCUAUGUUAAUGUGGAUAUGCCAUUCGAGAAGAGAUUCCUCUACCAAGCGCCGAUAGUGAAGUGCUACGCUGACGCUAUCGCCAAUGAGUGUCCAAAGGCGUUCAUUAUUGUGUGUGCGUCACCGAUCGACUGCAUGGUACCAUUGAUCGCUGAGACGUUGAAAGAGACAGGCUGGUAUGACCCAAACAAGUUGCUUGGCUCGUUAGCAGUGCCAGAGAUGCGCGCGAGCACUCUCGCCGCGCGCGCCCUCUGUCUGGAACCACGGUACACUCGAGUACCAUGUGUAGGCGGCACAGAGGGAGACACGCUUGUACCUUUAUUCUCUAAAGCUGUUGAAUACUUCGAUUUUGCUCAGCACAAUGCUGAAAUGAUGACGGAGGCCGUAAGGAAUGCUCCGCUUGCGGUGUCGAGGUGUGACGGUCCUUGCCUGAGGGUAGGGGAUCUUGGCGAGGCCCAUGCGCUGGCUGGCCUGGUCACCUCCGUGGCACAUGCGCUCUUGUGCCAAGACAUUCCUAGAGUGACAGGUUUCGUUGAAACCGACCUUGGACAAAUAAUAUCCCCUGCCAGAUUCAUCGCAGGCCCCGUGGACAUUGGCGGCAGUGGCAUCAUCAGGAACCUCGGCUUACCGAAGAUGACCGAUCACGAAACCACUUAUAUGAAUCUAGCUUUGACCAGUCUCGGCUACAAACAGAAUAUGGUGUAUGACUGGUACAGUAAAUACUGCAGCUCCUCGACCCGGCUCGACGCCUGUCAAUUUGAAUUUUUCUGUCCUAAAUCUUAUAAUAGAUUUGACGACUGUGCUUAUGCUAAUGUGCAAUAA